CUCUCUCUCUCUGGUCUUUCUAUCUUUCUUUCUUUUUUCUCGACCCUUUUCUCCUGCGCUCUCACUACUGAGUUUCCUGGUGAUUUUAUGGAGUUUUAGCAACCCUGUGUCGAUAAUCUUUGUGAAUUUGUAUUCUUUCAAAGAUGGGGGAGAUGUCAAGCUUCCAAUUAGGUGUCAUUGGGGCCCUGUUUCUUUCCGUUGCAUCAUCUGUCUCCAUUGUCAUAUGCAACAAAGCUUUGAUGAGCAAUCUUGGCUUCCCUUUUGCUACAACACUCACCAGUUGGCAUCUCAUGGUAACAUUUUGCACCCUUCACGCGGCUCAACGAUCCAAUCUGUUUGAGAAUAAAUCAAUCGACAUGAAGACCGUGAUUCUCUUCGGCCUCCUCAACGGUGUUUCUAUCGGACUUCUCAAUUUGAGCCUUGGAUUUAACUCCAUUGGAUUUUAUCAGAUGACUAAACUUGCAAUCAUACCAUUCACUGUAUUAUUGGAAACAAUCUUCCUGAAAAAGCAAUUCAGCCAAAAGAUAAAGCUGUCCCUCUUCCUUUUACUUGUUGGAGUUGGCAUUGCCUCUAUAACCGAUCUCCAACUCAAUUUUGUUGGGACAAUCCUUUCUCUCCUUGCAAUUGCAACCACCUGUGUUGCACAAAUUCUGACAAACACCAUACAGAAGAGGCUGAAUGUCUCUUCAACCCAGCUGCUGUACCAGUCAGCCCCAUUUCAAGCAGCUAUUCUUUUUGUCUCAGGCCCUGUGGUAGACAAGUUCCUCACCAAGCAAAAUGUGUUUGCUUACAAGUAUUCCCCUAUAGUCUUGGCUUUUAUCAUGCUGUCGUGCAUUAUUUCAGUAUCAGUCAACUUUAGCACUUUUCUGGUUAUUGGGAAAACAUCCCCAGUUACAUAUCAAGUGCUGGGCCACCUCAAGACUUGCCUGGUUCUUACUUUGGGUUAUACGCUGCUGCAUGACCCUUUUACAGAAAAGAAUAUCAUCGGAAUCCUGAUAGCCAUUUUUGGCAUGGGUUUAUAUUCAUAUUUUUGCACCCAAGAGAACAAAAGGAAACAAGCCGAUCCAUUGGAGUAUCAGAUGAAAGACAAGGAAGAAACAUUGAUUCUGGCUGUCGAGAAAGAAGGCCAUGAAGUUAAAAAUUCAGACAAGGUUUCCCAUGUCUAAAGCAUAACAGGAUUUUAUGUAAUUAAGGUGGUGUUUCAAACAUUUUAUAUCUUCCCAGCAUAAAUGAAUUUCAUUCUUUAAAUAAACCACUCA